AAGCAAGAAAUCAAGUUCUAGUGCGGUCUAGUGCAGGAAUAAAAAACAGCUCUUUGGUAAUCUUUGGUGUCGGCCCAAGAAAUUCAGUGGUGGUUUGCUCGCUUAAUGCAUCGAUCACGGCAGUGAAACCCCAAGUGCUAACGACGACGACGACGACGACGACGACUCCUAUUCCACGAUUUACGUCACUUCUCAAACAACUUCAAUUAAUUCAACUUGACGCCGUACAAUGGCCGAGUCCAGUGACUUGGAUCGGCAAAUCGAGCAGCUUAAGAAAUGUGAGAUAAUCAAGGAAGCCGAGGUCAAAGCUCUGUGCGCAAAAGCGCGAGAGAUUCUGAUUGAGGAGAGCAAUGUACAACGUGUUGACUCACCUGUGACAGUUUGUGGAGAUAUCCAUGGACAGUUUUAUGAUUUGAAGGAACUAUUUAAAGUAGGUGGAGAUGUGCCAGAAACAAAUUACCUUUUUAUGGGAGAUUUUGUAGACAGAGGUUUUUAUAGUGUUGAAACAUUUCUUCUUUUACUUGCGUUAAAGGUCCGUUAUCCGGACAGAAUUACUUUAAUAAGAGGAAAUCAUGAAUCACGGCAAAUAACACAAGUUUAUGGCUUUUACGACGAGUGCUUACGCAAAUACGGCAGUAUAACAGUAUGGCGAUAUUGCACAGAGAUAUUCGACUAUUUAUCAUUAUCUGCUAUUAUCGAUGGCAAGAUCUUUUGUGUUCAUGGUGGAUUAUCGCCUAGUAUUCAAACAUUAGAUCAAAUUCGAACUAUCGACAGAAAGCAAGAAGUUCCUCACGAUGGGCCAAUGUGUGAUUUACUAUGGUCAGAUCCUGAGGAUACCCAAGGUUGGGGCGUGUCGCCGCGCGGCGCCGGUUAUCUCUUUGGUAGCGACGUGGUAGCGCAGUUCAAUUCCGCCAACGAUAUCGAUAUGAUAUGUCGAGCUCAUCAACUAGUAAUGGAGGGCUACAAGUGGCACUUUAACGAGACUGUAUUGACCGUCUGGUCUGCGCCAAAUUAUUGUUACAGAUGCGGUAAUGUAGCCGCAAUACUGGAACUAAACGAGCAUCUUCAGAGAGACUUUACGAUAUUUGAAGCAGCACCGCAGGAAAGCCGCGGAAUACCCAGCAAGAAGCCACAAGCAGAUUAUUUUUUAUAAACGCUGUUG